AUGGAGAGUCCAGUUGAUAAACCAAGAUACCAGUAUCGAGACCUUGACUGGACCGCAAAGGAAAUCCGCGUAGUCGAGCUUCUGCCCGGUACUUUCCAAGAGAGAAUCCGCAUCAAGUUUCAUCAUGUCGCUCUAGCACCGCGGCGGCCUUCCGCAAUCAGAUUGCCCCCAAGUCGCGAUGAGAUCCAAAAGACCCUUCCGUCAGACUGGAUCGUCCGGGUCUGUCUCGAUGGUCGCUUCAUAUUCGAGCGCAUCAAGGAUUACAAACCAGAAGAGCCGUACGAGACAUCCUGGCUGCACCCCGUGACGGGCGUCGACCCAAACGUGAGCUUCGACGACAACAAGCUCGAGUAUGAAGGUCUAUCGUACGUCUGGGCCCCUGAAGGCAGCGAAGAAGAUGCUCUCGUCCUAGAACCAACAGCCCCGUCCACGGGCGCGGCCUCGUCGAGCCUCAGCAUCAGGCCGAACCUCGCCGCGGCCCUUCGUCACCUGCGAUACCGCGAUAUUCCAAGGCGCAUGUGGAUCGACGCGCUGUGCAUCAAUCAGACCGAUCUCGAGGAGCGCAAUAGGCAGGUCCACAUCAUGUGCGACAUCUACCGCCGUGCAAGUCACGUCGUUGUCUGGCUGGGGCCGGAGAGGGAGGACAGCAAGAUCGCCAUGGCUGCUCUGCGGCAUCUCGGCGAGCAGGCCGUCUACACCGAGCGCGGGGCGUGGAGGGCGAAUCCGCCCGGUUGCAGUAACCCGGAGCUGGCUCGCGCUUCGGUGCCGCUUCCAUACGACGAGCAGACCUGGCGGUCUAUCACGAACCUGUUGCAGCGUUCCUGGUUCGAGCGUCUUUGGGUAUGGCAAGAGGUUCGUCUAGCUGAUGAGCGCUCUUUCAUGCUCUGCGGCCCCGACAGCAUCUCGCUCUCUCUGUUCCGUCGCGCAAUCUUUUGUGCCAGCGACAAGAAGUUCCUUCCGAGCAACGAGGUGCGCGGGCUGAUUCUUGACGCUGUCGAGGUGAUGCUGCCAUUCUCCAACCAGCCGUUCUUUCGAGAGCUGCAGACUCUCAACUGGAAGGGGUGCGCGAAUCCCCGAGAUAAGAUCUACGGAGCAUUGGGGGCUGCUCCGGCGGCGAUCAGGGAGCGUAUCACCCCGGACUAUUCCCUGCCAGUUGAGAAGGUGUAUGGCCAGUUCUGUAAGGCAUAUCUCGAGUGUCUGGAGAGGCUGGACUUCCUUGACCGUUGCAACAUCGACGCUCGCGAAAUUGAUGGGCCUACCUGGAUUCCAGAUUGGUCCGUCCCCGUCGAUAGAGCAGUACGGCUUCCGUAUGCCGAUAUCUUUUACGCAGCCGGAGCUUCAGCGGCAGAAGUCAGCUUCAAGUCCGGAAAUGGCAUAAAUGACGACAAAACCAUGGAUGCCGCAGGAGUCUACUGCGGUACCGUAUCGUUCGUAGGUCAAAAGUCACCCCCUGACUCCGACGGUCUUCUCGCCGCCGUGAAAACCUGGGAAGCAGAAGCACUCUCAACAGAGCGAUACGCACCGACAAACGAGAGAGCCAUAGACGCCUUCGUCACUCUUCUCGGGUUGGGAUACAUGAUUGAGAGGUGGCCGCAGUGCAACAGUCUUCUCACGGUACCCGAAGCGGCAGACCUGUACGGCAAGGAGUUCAUCAAUGCCAAAGGCGAUGCAGUCUCCCAUGAGUCGCUCAACUUCAUCCGCGUGCGGCACCGGUACUUCAUCAAGACGGACACGGGAUACAUGGGUACAUCUCAUGCACGGCCAGAGAUUGGAGACAAGCUUGUAGUCCUGCUGGGUUGUCCAUCGCCGUUGCUUAUACGACCGGAUCCGGCGUCAAGUUCAGAGGACCAACGGUACAGGGUCGUAGGAGCGACGUACACUCAUGGCCUAAUGGAUACAGAGGCACUGCUCGGUCCCUUACCAGAGGGUUGGAGGGUACGUAUGGCCAGGGAGUCAGGGUUCUUUGACUCUAUGCAUUUCUUCUCAACAACCGCGGAGAAGACGACAAAGGAGGACCCGAGACUCGGCGAAGACCCGGCAGACUGGGAGAGGCUUGAGGCUGUAAGGACGGGCAAUGACCCGUGGAACUUUGCUCGAUAUCGCAGUCGGAAGACGAGGGAAGUGAUCAACUCGGACCCAAGAUUGACGGUGGACGCCCUGAAGUCACGGGGUACUGAUGUCCAAUCCUGGACUCCGUAUUCUCACCCUUGGUUUCAUUCUCGGGAACAUGAUUGUGUUGUAAAGCAAUUAUUGGAAUUUCAAUCACUUCACGAUACCAUGUUGUAUUUGAUAGGCAUUAUUAUUACCAAGAAGCUUCUACCGUUAUGCGAGCAGCAUGCCGCUAUAAGCAGUGCAAGUCGACAGCGCAACAUAGGUGAGGUUCUAGUCAUUCCACACACUGCGAGUCUCAAACCGCUCGCGUUGUUUUUCACAUAUUGGCAGGUGGUACCUUCCUCAAAUCUGAAUCAUCUGAUGGUCGUCACCUAUGUCUACACAAUAUGCCACAAACAAAGUCUAUAUACCCCCUCAAUCCCAUUCCUAUCAUCAGCAACAGCAGGCGCCCCUCUAGGUCGGGGGGUCAGGGCAAAAUGGCUGGGUUGUGGAAUGGUUCAACAAUCGAUUACCCCUUCAGCCUAUUCGACUGGCUACGAGUUCGAGUCCGCAUACGAUUCCAGCAUGAGCACUACGAUAACCGCCAAGAGAUGUAGCCACACCGGUGGUGAACUCUUUUUGAUAAAGUCAACAACCAGCUGCUCCCGCGAAUACCAGCGGUGCGUGGUAGUGACAUGGCUCGCCAGUGGAAUCAAUUGGGAGAGCGUCAGACUGAAGCGGGUCACUCGAAAGAGGGCUUGGAAAACUUCAUUCAAUCAAUCUGAAGGUCGUGUGUUCAAUCCACACUGGCCGCAUCUUCGCUUUUUGCUGUUCUUACCAACAGACUUUGGUCAGGGAAGAUUUUCGGCCAACUUGGGCUCCACACGCCCCUGGAGCCGCCGCAACGGCCCGGCCCCACCUUCCAGAAUUUUGCGUCAGUCGCGGUCUGGAGCUCUCUUUCCCCAUGCGCGUCAACUCAACCUAGAAGGCCCUUUCAAUCCUGGGCGGUUGCCUUCUUUACAGAGCUCUCUGAUUGAGCGCAGGAUAUCAAUCGACUCGGCGAAGAUGGAGAAGGACUUGCGUCUGCGCCUUGUGGUUCGGCGCCAUGCCGUGCCCGAUGUCAAGCUUCUCUGGAACGUCACCGCCAACGAUGACCUCACCAUCUCGAAGCUCCUCGCCCUGGUCAACGAUGUCGUUCCCCUCGAGAGCGGCGAAUGGGGCCUGGAGGACUACGCCGUUGAGCUUAAGGAUGCUUCUGGCGACGGCUUCGAAUGCGUCCACUAUCACCUUGUCUCCAAGGUGCUUAAGGACGAUGAUCAAGUCAUUAUUCGCCCCCUCCUUACCGGCGACCUGAAAAGACGGCGACUCAGCGGGCGACACCAGAUUUCCGCCGACGGGAAGCACCUUGUCGACGGCCUCGCCUUCGGGCGCCCCUGGCUCAGAGCCCCUCGAGACCGCCCUACUGUCAGUCUUCCCCCGAGAAAGAAGGCUCGAAUCACAUACAUCAGCGAAGAUGAAGACUCCCCUUCUGAGGCCGAGGCAGAGCGGCCGAUGCUGGAGUACGAAUCCACAAGAGCACAGGAGGAUCCCUCGAGCGUCCAGCUCCGCACGCGGUUCUACGAUGCAGAUGUAGGCAGCGACUCUGAAACAGACGAGGACGACUUUGAGCCUGCCGCCGCCGACGAUGACGAUGAGGGCCUGGACUCGGAUAAUGAUGAUAUUCAGGAUGAGCUUCGUAUGCUUCGAGAAGACAAUGCCGCCGUUCGAGAAGGCGAUAUUCUCGAAGAGCUGCGAAACAUUAGAGACAGGAGAGCAUCCAGUGGAACCGCUAGCAGCAGGCACUCGUUGGAGACGUCUGAUGACUCUCCAGUACCGUCAGCGAGCAAUGCGCUAGUCAGAUCUGGAGGAAGGUCAAAUAGGUUCCAGCUAAACUUAGACACGCUCGACAAGAUUGCUGCACUGAGAGCCGCGUUCCCUAGCGCUCAGGUCUCGACGAUCGAAAGGGCGCUUUUGAGAUACGGCGCGAACUUCGCUAGAGUAUAUCGCAAACUGAACAAGACAUUCGAAUCCCGUCUCAACCUCCAGCAGACUUUGGACCAUCAGGCGAGGAGUCUGUCCAGCAGUCCAAUCCGACACGCGAACUCGAACACGGGGCGUGAGCUCGUUCUCCGGGAAUCGAGCCCACUUGCUCGAUCCUCUCACGCCACAUCCCAUGACCAGGAUGAAGAGGAGGAAGAGGAUGAGGAUAGCGAUGAAGCUUCAGAGACCAUGAAUCAUAAUGCAUACGCCGAUCGUGCUUCGAUUGGCAGUGACGAAAUCUCAACUUCGGACUCCGAAUCAGGUUCCGACGGCGCAACAUCUGAGUCUGAUGAGGAGAUGGGCAACGCUUCCGAAAAUGAUACAGUUGCCUCUUCUUCCGAUGACGAUUCCGACAGCGAAUCAAGUCAAGCGGGAGGCGGGGGGCCUAUUGCGGAUGAAGACAAUUCAGACUCGGCCGACGAAGAAGCCUCGAGCUCAGACGACGAAUCGAGCUCCGACAAUUCAUCCAGCGAUGAGUCAAGUGUGGCAUCUGCAAAAGACCGGUUGUCCGCAAAACAGGCCGCGAUCGUCGAGGUCUCAUCCGAUUCGUCGUCAGAUUCAUCUUCAGACGACAGCAGCAGCGAAGAUUCUAGCUCGGAUUCCGAACCUGAGGAGCUUCCCAGCAAGACCCUCUCUACCCAACGGAUUCGUUUUGAAUCCAACGAAACCCUGGAGCUGCAACAAGCAGCACCAGUCGCCGCAACCCAGACAAAGCAAGAUCAGCCCAAUGUGCCUCCCGGUCAGGGAUUGAGCAAGACGCAAAAAAGAAAUGCGAGGCGCAAACUUGCCAAGAAAAUGGCCGGCCAGAAGAGGUCCCCGUCGACUCAGAAUAGCGAAGAGUUCUCCCCAGCGGAGAUGUCUGAGAUGCAGGCAGUAUUCUUGGCAAGAAAGCAAGCCUUACUGAACGCUAUUGCAUCCGACGGCCCGGCUGAGACUAGCCAAGAGAAGUCCCUUCAGAUACCCGACUCGGCACCUCAAGAUGUUGAAACAUCAACUGCUGAUGCCGACAUGAUGGAGGCUUCACAGAGCCCUGUCGCGCAAGAAGCUGUCUCUCAGCGGCGCAUGAAGCCCAAUGUUGGAGCUGCCCGCCGCAUGCUCAUGGGAUCUUUGGGGCUCAAGAACCCGAAGAACAAGGCUGACGAAGACAAGAUUCGUCAAGAUUUGAUGAAGGGUGUCCGGCCUCACACCAACGCUCGUCUGUCAGAAGGGGCUUCUCAGCCUAGCGAAUCCGCACAGACCCAAGUAUCGGUACAGGAAGAUCCCGAAGCAUGGCGCGAGAAAAUCGCUUACCGAGCCGUAGAAUGCUGCCACGACGGGGUCGAACUUUCCGAACCGCCCUUCCCUUUUGUCCAGCGCUGGGACCCCCAACAGCAGGUGGAAGAAUGGUUCGGUUCGAAGAAUAAGCGCGGGGGCAAGCGUAAGCGCGUACAGCGCGAUCAAGCUCAAUAUCAAGAAAAUGCCGACUCUCAAUCGUCGAAGAAGCGUCGCGUAACCGAUGACAGUUUUGGUGUGACCUUCUCCGACGCGGUUGAGUCUGCUCAAGAGGGAGACAUGACACUUAACUAUGACGAUCCGUCUGACGAUCCACCAGCAACCAAGAUACCAGGUGAGGAAAGCCAGGCGACGGAUAUUGACGAUCUCCCUUCACUUCCAUCCGAUCUGUCCACUCUUCCGGACCUUCGCCCAGGAGAAGCCAAACUAGGCAUGGUUGUCACUUGGAAGCAACUGGUCUUGUCAUCACAAACCAACUGGCAACCCCAAGUGGUGAGCUUGACCGGCGUUCUCGUCAGGAUCUAUGAUGAGGACGCAUCCGAUCUUGAAUUCAUACUGGCUCAUCGUGAUCGAGGCGUCGAUCGGACCGAGAAGACCUACGAUGAAGAGACUGGGGAGAGAGUUUACGAUCGCUUUGAAGCCCCCGAUGAUGACGAGGAUGAUGAGGAUGCAGAAAACGAACUCGAAGAAGGACAUCGACGCGUGAAUUAUCUAGAACUGAUCGAGCCUAAGAUUGUACAGUUUCCUCUGGAAGAUGACACAAAACAGGGCAGAAACGAAAAAUCCGGUGCCUCGGAGGGCGAAAGUGGCCCUACAGACAGCGUCAUUCACGAAACCAUAUACGACGGCCAAAGCCAGCCGUCUCAGGUUGAUGGAGAAAUUUCCGGUCAGUCCGAGGUGGGUGAAGUUGGAAGUCAGUCAAAAGUCGAUGCAAAGGGAAGUCGAGCCAGGGCUAAUACGGACGAACAACAGCCUCAAGUCGUCGUGGGUAGUGACCCCCGUCUUGAUGCAUCCGCGGACGGCGAUGAGUCUAUUCAACUCGAUACACACUUGAAUGGUAGUGACGACAGUAUGAACGAAGGCGACGUGCCCACCCCCCGAGCCAAAGGCCAAUCGAAAAACAAUAGUACAGUGCCGACAACAGACGACGACUCUCAGAACUCCAAUGCCAAUGCCCUCUCCAUCUCAUCGGAUCGUCGUCAUGAGAUCAGCAUCAUGAUCGAAGAAGCAGGCCUUCGCAAAGAUGCGUCACCGUCAGUCAUUCGUCACAAAACAAGCAGCCCAUCCCGCCAGUUGCUCGACCAGCUGCAAGCUGCCAAUACACCCCGAGUCAUUUCAAAGUCCCCGCUGUCCCAAGACAGCGUUGCGGAAAACGUUGCGCCAGCGCCGGAUAAUAGUGGAGAUGCGGCUACUAAACUUGCCGCUGAAGAGGUCAUUCCGCCGCCGUCAUCUGUGAGUAGCAUUCGCAGUGGUCGGCAACUCGACCCGGAUGACUUUAGCUUUCAUAUGGGAGACGACGACACCCAGCUGAUGAGCGACGCUGGUCAUGGGUCCCCUUCUGUGGACGCAUCGACUCCGAGAGCCCAGGUCAGCACGCCAACCAGAGGUAAUGACACACCUGAGCCGAACUCGGGCGAGAAGUCUUCUCUUCCGUCACUGGAGAGCCUGUUCAAAACGGCCUCGCAGCGAAAUUCGCAGAAGACCACACAGAGCCCAUCCAGGUCCCAGGUAUUGUCGGUGGCAGAGUCACGGAAGUCCAUUGUUUCUCGCGAUGAAGAAUACGAAGCCGCCAUGCGCCAAAUCGACGAGGCUAAUGAAGACGGUGAAAAUGAGGUAGAAGAAUAUGAGUCGCCCCAUGAACUUGGGAAAGCACGGAAGAAACUGUUCCCCAAAUCGAGCCAGCCAGAGGGAGUGACUCUCUCUAAGUCACCAGACUUGCCAGAUCUCAAGCCGACUAAGUCAGUGCCCUCAUCACUCGUCGAGGUGGAGGACAUCAAGCCCCGUCGACUACGUGAGCGGGUCCGCACAGCCUCUCCAUUUGUGGUUCCUCCUGGAUCGCAGGUAGUUACAUUAUCCUCGAGCCCGCCUAGCUCGCCGCUGGAGGAAAAUUACGCGGAAGACGAUGUUGACGAGGACUAUGAGGAAAACAACAGCAGUAGUCUUCCGCAUGGAUCCGGCUGGGUGCAGAAAAGCAAGCCCCCCAAGAACAACCCGCGGACGAAGAGUGUGCCGGCAGCGAGAGGCACGACCAAGACGGCGACUGCGGGUAGAUCCGUUCCGUCGAGCUCGAUGCCCGCGAGAUCCGCCGCAAAGGGGAAGGGGCCACGCAAGUCAUCGGCAAGGUUCUAG